AUGAAUAAUAUUCGCGAAUCAAAUGAACUAUAAUUUAUUAAGAGAAAAUCACCCUAUCUAUUACAGGAAGCACCGCAAAAACUCGUCAAAAUAUCAACCAUGUCUUAAAUUUAAUUUAAAGAAUUUCUUGAAUCUUUAUCACUCAACUUUACCCAAUUAACUCAGAAUCUACAACAAAUGCUCACUCUAUAUAAUGUUCAAAUAUUUCUUGAAAAUGAAAACGAUUAACUCCUUACAAACUCUGAUGAUGACUCAUUUACUAAAUCUUAAUAAAGACUGGUUGAUUAAAACUAUCUGUAAACUUGGAGUCAAUCAUCAAUUUCUGGCCUGAAAUUUCACAAGUCUUAAACAAACCUCUCAAAGAGGUCAAAGCCUAUUGGAUUAGUCUGCAAGAUAACUGGACCAACGAAUAAGACAACAGGGUUGAUUUAAUUUCGAAAUUAAUAGCUAAAUUGGCUAGAAAUAGCUUUGAGGCUUGACAAGAACAAAACAAAAUUUUUAUCAAAAGCCCCAUUCACUAUUUAGGAUGACAUCUUACUACUCUAAAAAGCUAUUUAAUUAAACUUCGAUUGGAAGAAAAUAUAAAAGAUUAUAUAACCAAAAAGAAGUCAAGCAGAUCUUAUUUCAAGAUUUAUCAAAUUAUAAUCUGAAUAUAACAAUAUCGACAAUCUUAUCUAAAGAGUUCAAUUUGCAAUUGCUCAAUUACCUAAAUAUGAUAAAAAUUCUAUGCGGAUUCUGCCCCAAUAAUCCAGUAUCAUUGAAAAGUCGAUGGUAGAAUAUGAAACACUUUCCAUCCUAGAUCUUAAUUUAUUUGAUGCUAUGUCGCUACAAUUCUGUCUUGUUAAGCACAAUUAGAUAUAUUUUGUUACUCUUGAAUACAUGCAAUAGUUGGUUAAUUUGAAGUUAAAUUAAAGAAAACUAUUGCAAUUUAUAAAAUGA